AAUUAAAUUUCUGCCAUUUUGUUGUACGUGUUGGCGUUUAAGGAAGGUACCUACAAAUUUUUGCCUAAAGCGAAGUGGAAAUUAUUGUAUACACAGUGCUGUGUAGUUUGAAGAGAGGAGUGCCAAGUGUCUGUAACUGGUGUGUGCAGUGCGUAUGAUAGCCUCUGGAAAGGACAAAAUAACAGUUAGGAUUCAUAAUAUGAAAAGAAGUAGUGAUAGGGACACUCCGCCACGUAGCAAAAGAUCCAGAUCGAGCAUGGGGCGGUACGACGACAGUUCCGACGAGAGAAUCACCCCCGAUAGGAUCCGCCGCCGCGGCAGCCGCGCUCGUUCUCCCAGCCCUAGGGCUCGGUACGUUUCGCCCCACCGCGACGACUACAUGCGCCCCCCGGAGCGCUCAUACCACUACAAAGUCCUGUGCGUGAGCGCCCUGCACCCGAAGGCAAGUGAUGAAGUUAUUAAGGAUACCCUGUACAGAGAAUACAAAAAGUACGGCGACCUGAGCAUCAGGGUCACGCAUGAUCUGGACGAACGUGUGGCCUAUGUCUGUUUCAGGAACCCGGAAGACGCAAGGGAUGCCAAGCAUGGCAAACCACGGGUUAUUAUCUAUGACAAGGUAGCUCUGGUCGAGGCGGUGUAUGAAGUGCCUCGUGCAAGCGAAGCAUACCGCAGCAGGCCCCGCUCUAUCAGUCCUGAUUAUGACAGACAUUACUACGCGAGGUCCCCCGACCGUCUGCGCCCCGUCGAGCGCUAUGAUAGGGCCUAUGCCGUGCCUCCUGGUGUCCCUGUGCACCGCGAGUAUAGACGAGAGGCUCUGCCGGCACCCCAUCAUGAUUAUCUUGCCAGGCCCCCUAUGCACCACCCCGCCCAUAUGGCUCCGGUGCAUGGGUAUGGUCCGCCGAGGCAACACGUCCCGCGUUCCCCCUUCGAGAAGCAGGAAAACAAAAAAGACAAGUUUCCGAACUACUUGCACCAUGUUCAACCUGAAGACGACCCUUUGGCUACCCGAACACUCUUUGCUGGCAACUUGGAAAUAAACAUAACGGAAGAGGAGCUCAGAAGGAUAUUUAGCAGGUAUGGCAUCGUUGAAGACAUCGAUAUCAAGAGACCUCCUCCUGGAACAGGUAACGCUUUUGCUUUUGUCCGUUUCAACACGCUGGACAUGGCCCACAGGGCCAAGGUCGAGCUGUCAGGACAGUACAUCGGAAAGUUCCAGUGCAAAAUUGGGUACGGCAAAGCCACCCCCACAACCAGAAUCUGGGUGGGAGGCCUCGGCCCGUGGACUUCGGUACCGCAGCUCGAGAGGGAGUUUGACAGGUUUGGAGCCAUAAAAAAAAUCGACUAUGACAAAGGCGACAAUCAGGCUUUAAUCCUCUAUGACAGCAUCGAUGCUGCUCAAGCUGCUGUGAAGGAAAUGAGGGGUUUUCCCUUGGGAGGACCUGAGAGGCGGCUCAGGACUGACUUUGCUGAUGUCACUCCUGGAGUGAACUUCAGACCCAAGGCCCCGUAUGCUGAUGAUUACAGAAGGGACCCUGAAGGAGAUUUUGACUACAACGCAGCAUACAGAAGAGGAUUCCCCGAUAGAGGCAGAGGGAGUAGCAGAGGGCCGUACCGCUAUCCCGAUGGGGUCGAGGACGAAUUUGGCAGAAUCAGGGAUCCAGAGUAUGACCGCAGGCGCUCCGGAUCCAGGGGCGUGGACAGAUCCAGGUCACGAUCGCCUAGGCGCUCGCCCGAUUCUGAUUCUGACAGUGGUUCUCGUAGAGCUGGCCUUUUAGCCUCCAGUCGUACCCUGCCCGAGGUCGCCAGAAAGUGCAACACCGUCUGGCAGGGGGCCCUGAUCCUCAAAAACUCCCUCUUUCCUGCCAAGUUCCACCUGAUGGAUGGGGACACUGAUAUUGUUGACGGAUUGAUGAAAGACGAAGACGGCAAGCACCAGUUGAGGAUAACGCAACGUCUCAGACUGGACCAGCCCAAAUUGGAAGAUGUGCAGAAGCGCAUUUCUAGUGCCAGUUCGCACGCUAUCUUCCUGGGGCUGGCCGGUUCGACAGCGUCCGUAACUAAUGACGACGCAACCGUCCAAACUCGGCCUCUAAGGAAUUUGGUGUCGUAUCUCAAGCAGAAGGAAGCCGCCGGAGUUAUUUCGCUGCUGAACAAAGAAACUGAAGCGACAGGCGUCCUGUACUCUUUCCCCCCUUGUCCUUUCUCUACUGAGCUACUGAAGAGAUCGUGCCCCAACUUGUCGGAAGAAGCCAUCAAGGAAGAUCAUUUGAUCAUUGUAGUGGUACGUGGGGGUACAGCAUAAUUUUUUUUAAUGUUAUAUAAGGGGUAGUUUUAUCAUUGUUUUGACUUGAGAUGGUUCGAAAAGUAUGGUCGAUUAUUUUUUUGUUUAGGCGGAAGUGUGGUAACAUCAGGAGUUGAGGCAGGUGUUUUCUGGCAUUAUAAGUAAUAAUUUAUUGUCAUACUGUUCAAAGUACAAUGUUUUAUCGGAAUAUUUUUCAAAUUUUUGACCAUUUCCAUCUCCAUGUUUGAGACAAAGCUUAUUUUCCAAUUGAAUUCAUCUUGCAGUUUGAGAGAUGCGCAGGGGAUGCUUGAAAGGUCUAGGAAUUUGGCUGUUGAUUUAAGUAUAUUGUUGAUUUUCAUCAGAAGUUUGAAAUAGUUUCUCAGAAUAACCUUCAAAUAAUUGAAUUCACUUAUUGCUUCAUUGUGUGCUCUCAAAUCCAAUAACCUGCAGUUCUUCAUAUGCGAGAAAAUAUUAUGAUCACUAGGAGCCAGAUCUGGUGAGUUAGGCUUAUUCAAAUUCAAAUUUUUAUGUAUUUCAUAACAAAGCAACAGCUUCAGAACAUGUCACAAAAUACAAUGAAAUUAACAUAUGCUCAAAAAGUAAAAUAUAAAAUCUUCAGAAGAUAUUGUGCAAUAAUAAUAAUAAUACAGUACAUUCAUAGAAUCGUGCAAGGCAUCUUUGCUCUAUGUUCCAGGGAAUGAAUAGAAAAAGUCAUUAAUACUAUAUAGGGGAUUUUCCGUAAGUAAUGUCUUUAAAUGUUUUUUGAAUUAAGUAAAGUUCAGAGAACGUACUGUGAGACGUAGGGCAUUGUACAUUUUGAUAUCAGUAGUAUCUUGCAUUCUUUGUAACAGGGUUUGAGGUAUAAUCAAAUUAUCUUUAUUUCUAGUAUUGUGACCGUGUAUAUCGGACACAACAGAGUAACUAUUAAUGUUUUGUUUGACAUAUAGUAACUUUACAAAAAUUAUCAGA